AUGGGGGUCUGUGGGUACCUGUUCCUGCCCUGGAAGUGCCUCGUGGUCGUGUCUCUCAGGCUGCUGUUCCUUGUACCCACAGGAGUGCCCGUGCGCAGCGGAGAUGCCACCUUCCCCAAAGCUAUGGACAACGUGACGGUCCGGCAGGGGGAGAGCGCCACCCUCAGGUGCACGAUUGACAACCGGGUCACCCGGGUGGCCUGGCUGAACCGCAGCACCAUCCUCUAUGCCGGGAACGACAAGUGGUGUCUGGACCCCCGCGUGGUCCUCCUGAGCAACACCCAGACCCAGUACAGCAUCGAGAUCCAGAACGUGGACGUGUACGACGAGGGCCCGUACACCUGCUCCGUGCAGACGGACAACCACCCCAAGACCUCCCGGGUGCACCUCAUCGUGCAAGUAUCUCCCAAAAUUGUAGAGAUUUCUUCUGAUAUCUCCAUCAACGAAGGCAACAAUGUCAGCCUCACCUGCAUAGCAACGGGUCGACCAGAGCCGACGGUUACUUGGAGACACAUCUCCCCCAAAGCUGUGGGCUUUGUGAGCGAAGAUGAAUACUUGGAGAUCCAGGGCAUCACGAGGGAGCAGUCGGGGGACUAUGAGUGCAGCGCCUCCAAUGAUGUGGCUGCCCCAGUGGUGCGGAGAGUCAAGGUCACCGUGAACUAUCCUCCAUAUAUUUCAGAAGCUAAGGGGACAGGUGUCCCCGUGGGACAGACGGGGACGCUGCAGUGUGAAGCCUCCGCGGUUCCCUCGGCAGAAUUCCAGUGGUACAAGGAUGACAAAAGGCUGGUUGAAGGAAAGAAGGGGGUCAAAGUGGAAAACAGACCUUUCCUCUCCAAACUCAUCUUCCUCAACGUCUCUGAACAUGACUAUGGGAACUACACGUGUGUGGCCUCCAACAAGCUGGGCCACACCAACGCCAGCAUCACACUGUUCGAGCUAAGUGAGCCUACAAGCUCAACUUUGUUACAAGAAGUCAGAACCACAGCUCUGACCCCUGGGAAAGGCCCGGGCGCCAUCAGCGAAGUGAGCAACGGAACGUCGAGGAGGGCUGGCUGCGUUUGGCUGCUACCUCUUCUGGUUUUGGUUUUGCACCUACUCCUCAAAUUUUGAUGUGAGUGCCACUUUCCCCGCCGGGGAGAAGCUGCCGUCACCACCGCCACCAACACAUCAGCCACGGCGACCAAGAGCAACGCGAGCAUCCCCGUUCUAAAGCAGAUACAAUCCCACGAAAUUCAGAGCCUAAGGGGACACAAAUUCGAGGGAGGGGAACAGAGAAUACUUUGGGAAAACAGGUUGAACAAGGACAUUGGAAAUCGCCUUGCAGAUACGUAGGUACAGCUGAGUUUUCUUUCUUUUCCCAAACGGGAAGAAUGCACGCGGCUUUGGACCCACCCGCAAGCUGCAUGGCGUGACCUCCGUUACCAGUCGGGCAAGGGCUCAGCCGCUCUGCCCACCACAGUGCCCCCCCCCAAGGAAAGUUCUGGAGUCGGCCACCCCAGAUUCAGUCAGUAGAGAAGAACUCAGAGGGAGGCUUGCAGGCCCAUUCCUGAACUGUGUCCCUAUUGUGUGUGUGAUGAAACGCAGCAACAAAAAGAUAAAUAAAAAGGAAAACUAAACAAGACAGCCUGUCAGCUACAAUAAUCCCACAAUCAACAGUCACAAAAGAUAUUGUUAAACUUUUUUUUUGUUUUCAUUUUACUACAUGGACAUCAUAGGUAACAAGGGAUUCUGAUUCAUUAUUAAUUUUAUUAAUUAUAUUUUCUGAUAUGAGUCUAAAACUUAGUGCAAAAACAAGACAAAACUAAAAAAGUACACAAGUGAAAGGGGUGAAGAGAAGUAUGUUUGUUAAACGUUAAACAUGAAUAGUAUACUUCUUACCUAGGUUUACAACUGGUGGACAGCACACCAGGCAUUAGCCACCUGGUGAGGAUUUGGCAAAUCCACCAAAAAAUAAGUAAAAAGCCACACAUACAAUUUAACCAACAUCUCCACCAGCGCUACAGAUGUCCUCUGCUUCUGGCAUUUGUUGCAGACAAUGCUACACUUCUACAUGCUGUUUAGAAACGGAAGGGUGACCUGCACCAUAUCUUGAGUUUGCUGGUGAUGCUUUUUUUGAUGACAUAUAUUAUACAGUAUAUAUAUACAUAUAUUUUUUUUUUGUUAGGGUUCUAGCCAUUUUCCUUCUCAGCAGGGUCCUUUCUCAGACAUUACUGCAUGCUGUAUAUGGCGUUAGCUGUGUGUUGCUCUUCUAAACGAUGAUAGAGUUUACUGGUAAUUGUGUAAUCAGCUCCUGCCCUUUUAUUUUCUUGGGUUAUUCACAUGUCAGAGACAUUUCUAAAAAGUGAAAAGAGAAACAAAGCACUAACACAAGGCGCAGCGUCUUUUCCAGGGGCCGCUCUCAGAGGCGAGGGCUAGUGCGGGGGGCCUGGCUUCUCCGUCAUGCCUCGGGCACGGACAGACAGCAAGCAGCCGGACCAACUCAGCAGUCAGUAACCACUCGCUUUAGCCCGUUACGGGAAUCUCGGAUGCCUUUGUGACCACUGGAGAAUCGAAUCCUCUUGGUUUAUUUUAUUUAAUUUCCCACCUCUGUGUGCGUGUGUAUGAAAGAGAAGAAAAUGCAGUUUUUAGGUGAUCUUUUCUUCCUCCCCCGAAGUCUGGGAACCAGAGGAGCCUCGGGGAGGGGUCGU